CUCUCAUUUCUCCUUUCUCUUUCCCCCCCUUCUCUCUCUUCGUUAAGUUUCUCUCAUCCUCCUCCAUCUUUCUCAACUGUCAUUUUCUCACAUAUACUUCACACAAAAGAAACUACCCCUUCUCUUAUACCCCUCCCUUGUCCUCUCUAUCUCCUUCGAUCUUCAAUCGAUUCUUCUUCUUCUUCAACUAUCAGAAUUAGUCAAUUUUGCUUCAAUUUUAAUUCGAAGAAGAACACAUACUGAGUUCGCUACUGCAUACUCAUACAUACUAUUCGAACUUCUUAGAUAUUAUUAUUAUUAGUUGAAGGGAGGGAGAGUGAUUAGUGAUUACUGAUAUAAUUAAAAAUUUUAUUAGUUAGUUUAAUUAUAGUUAAAAAUGGAGUUAUUCCCAGCUCAACCAGAUUUAUCACUCCAAAUCAGCCCUCCAAAUGUUCCAAAACCCACUUCAACAAUUUCAGCUUCAUCAGAUAAUAUGGAUUUAGCCUUCUGGAAACGCGCUUCCGAUAAUUCCCUCAACACUCUCUCUAAACCCACCUCCGCCUUCGACCUCUCUUUAUCCCACCCCGUGCCGCCUUCCUCCGCCGUCACAGGGACAAACCCCGCCUUCCUCCACCACUACCACCACCACCACAACAACCACCACCAACAACAGCAACAACAGCAACAACAACAACAACAACAACAGCUAUAUCAGCAACUACUACAACAACACCAUAUUAACUCCACCACUUGUAGCAGUGGUGGUGGAUUGGGCUCAGAGUUGGGCUUUUCAAGGCCCAUUAGAGGGAUCCCAGUUUAUCAAAACCCUCCACCUUCUUUCCCUUUUGCUCCACCGGGUUUACCACCACCGUUGGAUUCCUCCACCGGGUCACCCGCAUCAAAUCACCAUCAUCAUCAUCAUAUUCCAUACCAGUCGACACCGUCGUCUCAUCAUCAUCACCACCACCAUCAAGGGCUGAUGAGAUCGAGGUUUUUAUCCAGGUUUCCGGCGAAACGUAGCAUGCGGGCCCCACGGAUGCGGUGGACUUCAACUCUUCACGCUCGUUUUGUUCAUGCUGUUGAACUCCUAGGCGGCCAUGAAAGGGCGACACCGAAGUCAGUCCUUGAGCUCAUGGAUGUUAAAGAUCUUACCUUGGCUCAUGUCAAGUCUCACUUACAGAUGUAUAGAACGGUGAAGACAACGGAUAGAGCCGCUGCUUCUUCAGGGCAAGGGGAUGUGUAUGAAAAUGGUUCGUCGGGCGAUACUUCGGACGACAUGUUUGGGAAUGUGCAAAGCACAAGAAGUUCAGAGCGACCGACUCUUCCAUCACCAAAUAUGAACCAAGAAAAAGAUUAUAAUUCUCAUGGACUUUGGAGCAAUUCUUCAAGUAGGGAAGCUUGGUUGCAUAGUAAGCCAAAGGAUUCUGGAGGAAACACCAUGCAAUGUCAAUCUUCUAUUGAGAAGGAGCUCGACCCGAAAUGCUUAAGCUACGAGAGUUCAUCAAUCAUAUCAGGAGAUCAUCAUCAUCAAACAAGUCCAACAACAACAAAGCCAAAUCUUGAGUUUACCUUAGGAAGGGCACUUUAACUUAAAAAAAAAAAUUAGGUCUUCAAAUAUUUUUGGGAAAAAAAACAUAAUGAUGAUGAUGAUAUGGUAAUGAUGAUGAGUAAGAAGAAAGAAGAAGAUGAUGAUGAUGAUGAAAUGAUUAAAAAUCUAAGCUUGAGAAUCAGGUACCCUCUGCCCUCUGGUUGAAUUUUCAGAACCAGAAAAAGAAAAAGAAAAAGACAAAAGGAGACAAAAAAGACAGAAAGCAACAAAAGGAGCAAAGGAUUUUCAAAAGGGUAUAAUAGUACUACUCAUAUGUAUUUUGGGAGCAUAUGCUAUGAUCCAUCCAAAUCUAAAAUUAAUAUUUUAUUCCCCUACGUAAAUAUCCAUAAUCAUAAUCCUAAUUGAUUUUGUAUGUUUUUGUUUUUUUUAAGUGAGAUUUAGAGAGAGAAAGCAAGGUUAAUUAGUUUAUUAGUUUUUUUUUUUUUUGUUAUGAAUGAGUUACAAGAGUUUAAUUAACUAGUAGUCGUGCUCGUAAUUGCUAUUGUAUUACUUAAUUUUCUUUAAAAUAUGAAGUGAUCCUUGAUAAUUGUAACGGGUCUCUUUAACAUUUUAAAGACGAUGAGGGAAAGAAAAUGAGAAAUAUUUAUUUUGACAAAUUAAAGAGAA